AUGGCUGACCCCCUCGAUCAAAGGCAUUUAAUCCAUCUGAACCUCGGUGGUCCGCAGCUUUACAGGACUGGCACCGAUGAAAUUCGCUCUGUAGCACCCGGAGACUUUCGCACGCCUUCAGUGCGGCUCCACAUACCGCCCUUCAACGAGGACAAUGAUGACUCUGACUCCGAGGUUGAGUCCAGACAGUCGCCACGCCCUACGGAAGUGUACCGACCCAGUGUCCAUCGACGUGGGAGGAGGACGCCGGCACCUCGCUCCCCUUCUCCUGAUGUCAACACCGAGACCCUCGACUGGACAUCAGGUCCUGGCUACGUCAAAGUCAUAGGCCACGCCGAGCUCGACAUCGUCGUGCCGUACACCUACAGCUCCCAGGGCCCCAACGUCCCGGGUGUCCCGAUGGCCGGGACGGAAGUCAUUCAUUUUUAUAGAGUCCCUGCCGACUACGGGGAAACAAGCACUUUGAUUGAAGAGCACGUUCGUUGGCCAGAGACUGUGGCCGUCAGGGGGGGCUGCUACAGGACCAUCACGCUUCAGGAGAAAAUGCUCGUCCGAAUAGUUACCUUGUAUCGCGAUGACGAGCACGAGAACUACCUCGUCGUCGACAGCGACGGGAAGCCCUGCUUUCCGCCUUGCGACGAGAACGACAUCUGGGCGCGUUUCUACCUGCCGGAUCGCGACGAGGGCGAUAUAGAUGGCCCGAUCCCGAACAUAUGCCUGGAACGUGGCUGUAAGCAAGGACGCGUGUGGGACGUUACACGCUGUGGCCAAAGCCGCUAUUGCUCAGGGUGCCACAACUUCUUUCACGUCGGAUGUCUUGGCGAGCCGAUGCACCGCCCGAAUCUAGUCCAAUCUUGCGGCGACCGUAUGGAGUCUUUCCAGCAGCCCUACAUGCUCUACCUCAAGAGUAGCACGUUCAAGAGCGAAAGCCUGUUCAUCAAGCGCGUAAGGACGAACCAGCGUAGGGAUUUGGAGAAAGACAUACACGACACCUUCCGCAAAGUGGGAACGCCCAAGGACUGUCGAUGGAGGGAGGUUGCCGCUCUACCCAUACGACGUCGUACCAUGCCGGGCAGGACUCCUCUCACUAACGAGGUCCUCAUCCAACACGCGAGGGAGAAGGUUCUGGCAGGUCACGGAGACAGGGAAGUUCCUGACCUGCUCCGGGUUCUCAUCAUCGACGGGCUGUGUCCACAGGCGGCCUGUCAUAUGGCGCAUCUCGGCACGUUUCACGCGGACUGCGAACGCGCCCCGAUCAAGUUGUGGCAGGAAGAACAAUUGCGCGCUGCCAUUUUCGGAAAGAUCGGCGAGGCGGGUGUUGGGCGAGCUCGCGGUGCGGAUAGAUCGUGGGGGUCCCGGCCGGUAGGCCGGUUCAAAAAAUGGAUAAAUCGGCGACCUGAGGGCUCGAAGGCCGGUUCAAAAACGCGGAUAUAUUCAGGGGAGACGGGGAGGCCGUUCCGAAGAAGUGGAUAUCGGGCGGUCGAUUCGAACCUCCGACCUACCCUCAAACCAGACGCACGCGAUACCGACAACCUCUCUGUGCCCAUUGGCACCUUCUACCAUUGGCAGGCUCGAUAUUCGAAGGACAGCGCGCCAUUUUUGAAGGCCGUCCCGAGAAAACGGAUAAAUCCUGGGGGUCCCGAGAGGCCGUCCCAGAAGACGGAUAAAUCUGGGGGUCGGGGACCCGAGAAAAAAAUACCUUCACCAGUGUACGCAAUAUAUACCUUUGAAACUGAGAUCGUAGUCUACCCAUACUUAUGUCAGAAGGAUGGGAAAAUACUGCCAGAAAACCGCCUCAAUAUUCCGGGUGGUCUCAUCCUCGCCGGUCUUCAAAGGCUUACGGCGUGUGAUGCCUUGUUGCGCACACUUCACGAAGAAGAGAAACUCGAAGACGAACCGUCGAGUAUACGAGAUGAGUCCAUCAAGUACAACCCGGACUGGUGGUUCGUGCGUCACGUAGUACAUGGAAGGCCGCUAAGGGCAGUAGCUCGCGCGAAAUCCCACCACCACUCCUCUUAUCACCGGAUUCGGAUUUGGUGUUGCGCUCUUCACGUCACCUUUACGAUGGGUCCUCCUGAAGGCGACAUGUUUGCCUACGCUGUAGGAAUGAUGUGUGUUAAGGGCGAGUCACGGAAUUCGACGACGAGUGGUCCCAAGAUGGAAGUGUGCACGCUGAUACACCUGAGCUGGUCAUGGCGACGGCCAUAUGGCUGGAACAUGGCAGCUAAGAACCUGAAGAAUAAGAACACGAACCGCCCGAGCACUGUAUUCUGCGGUUGA